CGUUCCAUGAUUUUCAUCAGACCGAUGAUACACUUUAGCAGUUGAACACACGCGUAGUGAUCCGUUUGGUUUGUAGGAUAAGCAAAACCGCCAUUCCUAGCUCCCCUUUUCCUCUGAAUUUCAUUGGAAACAAAACCAUAAAACAAACAUCAACAAUCUUUAUUAUAAUCGUCAAAACAAAAACAAAAAAAAAACUCGUACAAUACAAGACAAUCAUUUGAAGAGAAAACCCAUCACUUCCCGACUCAGAUUAGCCGACCCAGGUUGGUCUUCUCAUCGUUUUCGAUCAGUUCUAUGAUACCCACGUGUGUUUUGUUCGUGCUCUUUCAAUUCGUUGAGAAAUUCAUGGUUUUGGGAUGAACCCCAUUUGAUAAUACACGUGAAAAGAUUUGCUUUAUAUGCUUUAGAAGUUGUGAAAGGGUCAACAAGUUGAAGAUGACAAGAAAUUUGUGUAAUCUGCAUUGUGAGUUUCAAGUGAGAUUUUGAUAAUAGUGAAAUGGAAAAAAAACGGAUAGAUGAUUAUGAGCCAGGUCCAGUUCCUUCACCAAGGCCACUAGACAGAUUUGGGUUUGUAAAGCAGGAAGUCAAUAAUUCAUCUGAGGCUUUGACAAAGGGCAGAUCAGCCAAUGAAUAUGAAAGGGAUGAAAGGAGGGUUAGAAAAUGGAGGAAGAUGAUUGGGGUUGGAGGCAGUGAUUGGAAGCAUUAUGUCAGAAGGAAGCCUCAUGUUGUUAAAAGGCGGAUAAGUAAAGGGAUUCCUGAUUGUUUACGGGGCCUUGUUUGGCAGUUGAUCUCGGGAAGUCGGGACCUUUUACUGAUGAAUCCAGGAGUUUAUGAGCAAUUAGUAAUAUACGAGACAUCGGCUUCAGAGCUGGAUAUAAUUCGAGAUAUUUCUCGCACCUUCCCUUCACAUGUCUUCUUCCAGCAGAGACAUGGCCCUGGCCAAAGGUCCCUCUACAAUGUUCUGAAGGCAUACUCUGUCUAUGACAGAGAUGUUGGAUAUGUACAGGGAAUGGGUUUUCUGGCUGGGUUGUUGCUUCUUUAUAUGAGUGAAGAGGAUGCGUUUUGGUUAUUGGUUGCUCUACUUAAAGGAGCUGUGCAUGCUCCAAUGGAAGGAUUGUAUCUGGUAGGGCUACCUCUGGUACAACAAUACCUUUAUCAGUUUGACCGCUUGGUGAAGGAGUAUCUGCCAAAGCUGGGUGAGCAUUUUUCUCAAGAAAUGAUCAAUCCUAGCAUGUAUGCCAGUCAAUGGUUUAUCACUGUUUUCUCAUAUUCAUUCCCAUUCCACUUGGCUCUUCGAAUUUGGGAUGUUUUUCUUUAUGAGGGUGUUAAAAUUGUGUUCAAAGUUGGUUUGGCCCUGUUAAAGUAUUGCCACGAUGACUUGGUGAAAUUACCCUUCGAGAAACUCAUACACGCUCUGCGCAACUUCCCUGAGGAUGCGAUGGAUCCGGAUACAUUACUACCUAUGGCUUACUCAAUCAAGGUAACCAAGCGUUUAGAGGAGUUGAAGCUGGAAUAUGAAAAGAAGAACGGAAAGCUGUUUAGCUCUGCAGAAGCUGGUCGGAAAUAGUUGCUAUAAGUUUAUAAAGAUUUGCAUCCAUAAGAGAGGAACUAAAACCUUACUACUCAUAAUUAAAUGCACACACUAAAGCCCCGUUCAUUUCGUUCUUUUGAAUC